CGCGCGCACGCUUCGGGGGACAUUUGCAGCUGCGAGCUGCAUUGUGGGACAGCGGAGGCCUAAAGAGACAGCAGCACUACUGAGUGUGUGACACACUUGUGUUUAAAGUUUUAUUUUCAUAUCAGUAAUAUUCAUAUCAGCGAGAGAUGGGGCAGGAGGAUCUGAUGCGCGCGGCGGAGGACGUAACGGAUCAGUUCUUGCGGGUAACGAAGCAUUAUCUGCCUCACCUGGCGCAUUUGUGUUUGAUCAGCACGUUUCUGGAGGACGGCAUUCGCAUGUGGUUCCAGUGGAACGAGCAGCGAGAUUACAUCGAGGUCACGUGGAGCUGCGGGUAUUUUCUCGCCACAUGCUUCGUGCUGCUCAACCUCAUAGGACAGAUCGGUGGAUGUGUCCUUGUUCUUAUUAGAAACUUUGUGCAGUAUGCAUGCUUUGGGUUAUUUGGCAUUAUUGCACUACAGACUGUUGCCUACAGUAUUCUAUGGGACAUUAAAUUUCUCAUGAGAAAUCUGGCUCUCGGUGGUGGUUUGCUUCUGCUGCUGGCGGAGUCGCGCUCGGAGGGGAAGAGCAUGUUUGCGGGCGUGCCGUCUAUGGGCGAGAGUUCCCCUAAACAGUACAUGCAGCUGGGCGGUCGAGUUCUGCUGGUGUUGAUGUUUAUGACGCUGCUACACUUCGAUUCCAACUUCUUCUCCAUUCUGCAGAACAUGGUCGGAACGGCGCUCAUCAUCCUGGUGGCCAUCGGCUUCAAGACCAAACUGGCGGCGCUCACCCUGGUGGCGUGGCUUCUCGCCAUCAACGUCUACUUCAACGCCUUCUGGACCGUGCCUGCGUACAAGCCCAUGCACGACUUCCUGAAGUACGACUUCUUCCAGACCACAUCGGUCAUCGGCGGUUUGCUGCUCGUGGUCGCUCUCGGGCCGGGCGGUGUGUCAAUGGACGAGAAGAAGAAGGAGUGGUAAUACGACCGCUUCCACCACGAUUGUCGUCCGGAUCACCGCCCAGGACACAAGAACUUGCCUCACAUCCGCAGCACGUCCAGAGUUAUCCUGUUCUUCUCGUUUUUUCUCACUUCCUCUGUGUUUCUCAUGCACAAUUUUAAAUACUGGAGUUUUAUUUACGUAUUUAUCCCCAUGUUGCAGCGGUUAAGGAGAUUACAGCAAAAAUUUAAUAAACAGUCCAUGAGUUCAAGUUAAUUGUUUUUUCUCUUUAAUGGCAACAUAGAACUUGCAUCUCAGCUGGGUUUCUAUUUCAAAGUGCUAUGGAAAGAUAUAGAUGCAUAUAUGUGUGAAAUGCAGCCGUGGACUGAGCCGUUUGUGAUCGUGACAAAUGGACGAACAUCUUUUGCCGGUCAGCGACUGUGGCACCUCCUCUUUGGUACAUCAAACACCGUGAGUUUCCCUGGUUCUUCCACCAAGACCUGUUCAUCAUCAUCAUCAUCCUCAUCAUCUGUCUGGAUGCCGUUCAAUUUGGUGAAGCUUUCUUCGAAAUAAGCAGGUGGUGAUGUAAUGGAGAGCCUGAUGUGAAAGACGGUUGUGUAACGGGACCCUCAUUCAGACUUUGUUCACGUCUCGGGCUGUAACUGGAGUUAAUCAUUUGUCUCGGAUCACGGCGGUAGACAGGGACGUUUAGCAUAAAUGUAUAAUAUUUAAUUAUUUUGCAAAUCCACACGGCUGAAUAGAACAAGAGUUAUUGUCUUGCUCAGUGUUUUUUGUUGAUUCCUAUAAUAAUAAUAAUAAUAAUAAUAAUAAACAAUAACGUGAUAACUGUUGUUUUCAGAUGAUGGAGGGAAAUAAAGAGUAAAACAAGUGAACAAAAUGUGUCGCAACAUUGUAUCCCAUAAAGAUUCAUUCACUUUAAUGGAGUCCUUUCGCACUGAAAUAUACAAAAAUAAAAUAUAAUGUGAAAAUAAAUGUGUUCUUCUGACAUCUAGUACUGACACUUUUUAAUGUUUGUUUGGCACUAAAAAUGUUUUUGAUGCCCUAACCGAAAGCUCUGUGGUGGUACCAUGAUGGCGAAGUCAGACGUUUACAUACACCUCAGCCAAAUACAUUUAAACUCAGUUUUAAACCAUUCCUGACAUUGAAUCGUAGAAAUCGACACGGCGUGAUGCAACUCAAAAUAGUUCUAAGAGCACACUUGACCAAGACGAGGCUGGUGAAAAUCUUCUCUAAUGUGGACCCUUUCGUGCCCUCGCUGUAAAGGUCGACCAGCGGACUAUAUACACAUGUUCUGGUCCUGCCCCAAACUUAGCACGUUCCGGGCCAACAUCUUUGGCGCCUACACUAAGAUGCUUCAGAGAAACAUCACCCCCAACUCUGUAAGUGCCCUAUUUGGACUUACCCUUGAAAAUCGCCCCCUUAGAGCAUGCACUUCCCUGAUUGCCAGGCGUCUCAUCCUGCUCUCCUGGAAGGAACAAGCACCCUCCCCCCAGUUUCACAAGGUGGAUUAGAGAUGUUAUGCAUUUCCUGAAGCUUGAGAAGAUCAGAUACACCCUUAAAGGCUCCUUGCAAACAUUCAGGAAGGUCCGGGUCCCCUUUUUAGAGUACUAUGAGAGCUUGCAAACACCAUUAAAUAUGGAUGACUAAUCUGUUAUUAUCAGAGUGAAGUGGCAGUUUAACUUAAAAUGUUUAACUUGGGUCAGAUGUUUUGGGGGAUCCUUCCACAAGCUUCUCACAAUAAGUUGCUGGAAUUUUGGCCCAUUCCUCCAGACAGAACUGGUGUAACUGAGUCAGAUUUGGGAUCGUUGUCCAUUUGGAAGACCCAUUUGCAACCGAGCUUUAACUUCCUGGCUGAUGUCGUUGAGAUGUUGAUUCAAUAUAUCCACAUAAAUGUUCUUUCCUCAUGAUGCCAUCUAUUGUGUGAAGUGCACCAGUCCUUCCUGCAGCAAACACCCCGACAACAUGAUGCUGCACCCCAUGCUUCACAGUUGAGAUGGUGUUCUUCAGCUUGCAAGCCUCACCCUUUUUCCUCCAAGCAUAACGAUGGUCAUUAUGGCCAAACAGGUCAUUUUUGUUUCAUCAGACUAGUAGGAAAGAUCUUUGUCCCUAUGUGCACUUGCAAACUGUAGUCUGUCUUUUUUAUGGCUGUUAUGGAUCAGCGGCUUCUUCCUUGCUGAGCAGCCUUUCAGGUGAUGUCCAUAUAGGACUGGUUUUGCUGUGGAUCUAGAUACUCGUCCACCUGUUUCCUCCAGCAUCUUCACAAGCUCCUUUGCUGUUGUUCUGGGAUUGAUUUGCACUUUUCACACAAACUACGUUCAUCUCUAGGAGACAGAAUGCGUCUCCUUCCUGAGCGGUGUGAUGACUGUGUGGUCACAUGGUGUUUAUACUUGUGUACUAUUGUUCGCACAGAUGAACGUGGCACCUUCAGGUGUUUGGAAAUCGCUCCCAAGGAUGAACCAGACUUGGAGGUCCACACUUGGCUGAUUUGUUUUGAUUUUCCCAUGAUGUCAAUCAAAGAGACACUGAGUUUGAAGGUAGAGCUUAAAAUACAUCCACAGGUACACCUCCAAUUGACUCCAAUUAGCCUGUCAGAAGCUAAUUUGCUAAUUGCCUAAAGGCUUGACAACAUUCUCUGGAAUUUUCCAAGCUGCUUAAAGGCACAGUUAACGUGGUGUAUGUAAACUUCUGACCCACUGGAAUUGUGAUUAGAGUCAAUUAAAAGUGAAACAAUCGGUCUGUAAACCAUUGUUGGAAAAAUUACUCGUGUCAUGCACAAAGUAGAUGUCCUAAACGACUUGUGAAAACUAUAGUUUGCUCAUUAAAUAUGUGAAAUGAUUAAAACAUUAGUUUUAAUGACUUCAACCUAAGUGUAUGUAAACUUCUGACUUCAUCUGUACAUGGUUAAUGUCCACAAACAUGGUAAUGCACGGUACUUUUUGUUAGUGUUCAGGUUCCCAUGAUCAUGAAAAAUGUUGUAAUCUGGGAGUUUUAAAGCACACUGUCACUGAAAGCACAUGGACAUUUCUAU